CCGUCAAGCUCUGUAUUGCACAGAUUCAUAGAGCGAAGAAGAAGAUGGGAGGCGAAGAGGAGACGAAGAAGAGAGUGGUAGUUGAAUCGCUGGGAUGGAUAACGGAAUCUUCAAUCAUGCCGAAGAAGCAUCGCGCCAUCGAAGGCGUGGGUCCUUCCUCAAUCAUGGAGCUCAAGGCUCAGCUCUAUAAGUCUCAGGAAGAAGCUAAGCUGACGAAGGAUUUCACCGGAUCCGAUGCUCAGUACCACCGCGCGAAAGAAAGGAUCGCCGCUAAAGACUCUUUCGCCGCGAAGAACUCCGGCGUCGAGGGUCGAGCUUUCAAGGACAAGCUGGAGCUUAAAGCGGUUAAAGACGGAGCAGUUAGCUACGCUGCGUUGGAGAAGAAGGCUCAGUUAUAUGAAAAGCUUGCAAGGGGAGAGCUUUCGGACGAAGAAGCCGAGGAGAAGUACUGUGUGGAUUUCUUCAGGAAGGGGGUACAACGUGGAGAUGAUUUAGAGCCACCAAGGACUAGCAACAGUUCCGUUUCGGCACCACCUGAGGAUUUAAAAGCAGAUGGUGAGGAUGAUGGUUCGCUGUUUAGCACCAAGUUUGCUGGACUCGGACGUGCGGUUGAGACAGCUGAUAUAAGUCAACACGUGCGUAUGGUCAGAGAGGUUCAUCAAGAAGUGAAUCAAGCGAGAGAAAAGGCAACAGAGUUGAAGCAAAGGAGACAAGAGCAGGCAACAAAUCGUCGGGAGAAACUCAAACAAGCCUAUCUUCGAAAGCAGCUCGAGAAACUUAAAGCUCAACAACAACAACAACAACAACCACAGCAACAAGAUUAGGGAAAAACUUGAUUCUGUUGAUGUUGUUUUUACUUCGCCAAGCUUUUAUUGACUUUGAGGGAAUAUACCCAAGAAACUGCAGAAUUUUUUGAAUGACUUCAGUUUUAAGUUUGAUUAGAUGGAUAGCGUUAUAUUGUAUUUGUACGAGUAUGUUAUUUUGUAAAGAGAGUAAAUUUUUUGUUUUCCA